AUGCAGCUCACCGGUAGAGCACGGAGGCUCACGUGCCACGGCUUUCUGGUUCGGGUCCGUUACUGGUACCAGGUAGAAGUCGGUAAAAGCGGAGCCCGGUGGCUCACGUGCCAAGGCUUCCUGGGUCGGUUCCACUACCAGUUACAAGUAGCUGUGACGAUGGAGGCGAUCCCCACGGUCCUGGAGGUAGAUGAAAGGUCCCCAGAAUCCAAGGACCUUCUGCCCAGCCAGACAGCCAGCUCUCUGUGCAUAAGCUCCAGGAGUGAGUCUGUCUGGACCACCACCCCCAGGAGCAAUUGGGAAAUCUACCGCAAGCCCAUAGUCAUCAUGUCUGUGGGCGGCGCCAUCCUGCUUUUUGGUGUGGUGAUCACCUGCUUGGCCUACACUCUGCACUUUGGGGACAAGAGCAUGUCUGCCCUCAAGAUGACAGGGCCUGCCUUCCUGUCACUGGGACUCAUGAUGAUGGUGUGUGGGCUCGUGUGGGUGCCCAUCAUCAAAAAGAAACAGAAGCAGAGGCAGAAGUCUGCUUUCUUCCAGAACAUCAAGUCAUUUUUCCUGAAUCGCUGA